AUGUACGCGAAUGGCACCAUAGUGGUCGUUCCAAAAGUGGGCGGUAUGCUGUCAUACUACCUCUUGUACGGCGAGAACGUUCAAGCAUUUCCCGCGGGCUUCCGUAUGCUUGCUGGUGACGGCAGGCGCAACGACAACCAGCAAGGCGGUGGCUACGGUGGUGGCGGCUACGGCAGCCAGCAACAGGGCGGAUGCGGCGACCGGAACCAGCAGAAAAUAUCUUGUGGCGCGAAGGUGUAG